GUGAGUGUGGAUUCCGCUUUCUAGGAACCCGGGAAACCGCUUCUCCCCGACUAACUGCGUUUCUUAGGACAAUGUCGGACCAGGAGGAAGGAUCCGAUGCUCAGAAUGUUGAUUCAGCAAAAGAAGGAGAGGAUGCUUUCGGGACUAUCAAUAUUCCAGUUCCCACAGAAGAGGUUCCAGAGUCAGAUCAAACUGAAGACUGUGAAUCUGAACUAGAGCCAUCUAGUGGGGGCUGUGCAAAACGUGUUGAGGAGACGAGUGACCAGAGCGUUUUAAGCCUGGGCCUAAAUGAUGUCGAGCAACUCAUGGAAGACGUUACGGCAGAUGAACAAGUUUCAUAUUCUCCAGGAGACAGUGGAGAGUCUCUAGCUAAAUCUGAUAAUGCAGUGCAGUCAGCCGAACAAUAUUCAAAAGAUUCUCUGGCAUUUCUGGAAAAAAUAAAGGCUGUAAAGGAAUCUCUGAAAACAUCAAUGAAAGAUUCGUCAGCAACAGUAAAAGUUGUACUUCUUCCUGUGGGCCAGGAAAUUAUAAUGCCCUUUAAAGUUGACACUGUUCUAAAAUGCCUCAAGGAUCAUUUUUCAUCUCUAUUAGGUGUCCCACCUUAUGUCCUGCAGAUAAGAUGUGCAGGAAUGAUUAUUAAAAAUCAUGAGACGCUACUACAACAUGGAGUUAAGCCCCAGGAUAUUGUCCAAGUGGAAAUCUUUUCUUUACAUCCAGAUCUAUAUCCAAUCAAAAGAAUAGAUAGAUCAAGUGAUGCCUCUCAAAUCAUAACUGUCAGAGUACAAACUGGCAUUGAUCAGUACCAGGAAGUAGCUGUUGAGAUUAUAAAAUCUGAUUUUCACAAACCAUUUCUUGGUGGAUUCAGACAUAAAGUAACAGGAAUGGAAUAUCACAAUGCUGGAACACAAACUGUACCUAAAAAGAUUCCUGAAAAACUGAAUGCAUUUUGUAGGGAUACACAGACAGUUUUUCAGAGAAGAAAGCUCCAGCAAACUACAAAUACAACAUCCACACAGAUGACUAAAAUUGGUGUGUAUGUAUCAAAUAUGACUGAUAAACUGGUAACACCAGGAAAAUAUUUUUCAGCAGCAGAAUACCAUGCUAAAAGAUUAAAGGCGGUAAUUGUGAUACAGACUUACUACAGACGAUGGCAUGCUAAAGUUGUCGUAGACAGUUUAAAAAGACAGAAAAUGUUAAGGUUGCAGUGGGAAGCACAGGAAGAACUAAGGAAGAUAAGAGAAAAAGAAGAGUGGAUGAAAUUGGAUUAUUACCGGAGGCAUAAUCCUCAAACAAAGGAAGAUUUUGAACUUCUUUACAAUGCACUAGAACUCUGGAGGCAAGAAGAACUUGCACGCAUUAACCAGUCUUUCACUGGAGCUGAGAGGAAAGCUGCUUUGUGUGAACUCCUGGAAAAAGAGACCCAGAUAAUUGCUUCCAUUGGGAGACAUAGAUAUAUCGCUUAUACGGCUAACCAGGAAGCAUCGAUACAAGCUUUUUUGGAUAAGUGUUCAGCUCCAAAGAUAUGGAGAACAUUUGAUGGAAAAAUAAUUGAGAUGGAUACACAAUUCACCAUCAGAGCCAGAGAGCUGCAAAACAUCUAUAACUGCAUUAUGCUGAAAAAUAUCUCUCAAGAUGAGAGACUAGAUGUGCUCUUAACACUUAAACAUACUGUGAAGGAACAUGAAUGUAAACUGACUCAGGAAAUUCUAGAAUUGAUUGACAGGGAGGUUGACCUUACGAUGAGAGGAGUCAAACAUGAGAACCUUGAAGGGCUCAGAAAAAGGAUUGCAACACUCUUUUUUCAUUACAUCAAAACACCUCUGUUUAAUCCAGAAGUUGCAAGACACCUUAAGGUCACUCAAGACCCACUGAAGUUUUAUAAGAAGAUUUACUUUUGCCUCAGUUGCCAGCUGUAUUUGCCUUCUACAGAGUUUGCUGUAUCAUCCACCUCACACCACAUUUACCGCUGUCGUCACUGCAUUAACCUUGACAAUGAGACUCAAAAACGAGAAUCAUGUUUGAAGUACAAAUGUUUACUUCAACGACUUUACUAUUCAGAAGCUGAUUAUGAAGAUGAUUCUAAAAUUGCUUUCCUGAUGCAGCUACAAGAUAUUCAGUACCUGACUGAGAACAUCUGGGCAUCCCAGUCAGUGCUCAGCGCCUGGAACGAUCUCAAUGAUCUGGUCAUGGUCAGGUGGGAUAAGUCCUUGGAGUGGUCGCCCUGGAACUGCAUUCUUCUUACCAAAGAUGAAGGCACUACUCAUCUCAAGCUAAAGAGUGUUGAAGAGGGAUAUGAACCCUUGUUUAUUCACAAGAUCAAACACAAACAUUUCCUGGCUAAGAACUAUUUUUCACAAAUUCCAGUGCUGGCUUCAUUUUUACUUGGUGAUGGUGAAGUAGAUGAGAUCAGAAAGAAACAUCAAUCAGAACCAACAUCUAAGAUUAUAGAUAUCCACAGGCCUAGUCCUUAAAAGAUCCAGGACUAUUUGUUUGAUGAUUCGCAUUUUUGUCCCCUGCUAAUAGAGUAAUACAGAGGUCCCACAAUACGGAAGUAGAAUUUUAUCUUUUAUUGAUUUUAAUUGUUUUUCAUAGUGUCAUAAGUUGUAUGAAGAGAAAACAUCCCUAUACAAAUGCUUUAUUGUUAGUGUUAAAUUUAAUAUAAUUUUGUUACUGAAAUUAAUAUUUUAAAGAGAACAUUUUAUUUUUACUUAUUUUAACAUUAAAAUUUUUUAAAAUUUCAACUACAUUAUAUUAUAGUUAAAAUCAACAGACAAACAAAAGCUAGGCUUAACUUUCAACUCAAAAAUUUAUUUUAGAAAAAAAUGUAGUUACAAGAGAAUAGUCAGUAUACGGAUGAGAGGAAACAUUAUAGAAUUCUCUUUCAUGAAAAUCUUUACAUAUAGGAUAAAAGAUGCUAUGUUUUAAUAUAGGGAUUUGAAUCUUCACAUUUUAUCUUCUACUUUCAUCUUCCAUUCUUCUCAAAAUUUCAAUGAAAAAACAAACUAUAAACAAACAAAAAAGUGCAUUCCAUACUGGAAAACAGGGUGAACAGUGGAACUAUAUUUUAUUCUAUGGUAGAAAAACUCCCUGUGGGGCAAUGAUGAAACUCUGUAAGAACAAUAAAAAUGGUCAAGUAAACUAUAACAAUUCCUUUCCCUAAUAAACCAAAGGAAUAACCUUGACCACAUGCAUGUCAGGGACGUACAAUGAUGAACAACGGUAUAUGAGUCAGUCUUAACAGGAAAUAGGUUCAAAAUAGGAUAAUUCAAGGAGAGUUUAUUUACAAAGGGACUUCUUAUAAAGCGUGAGCAGUGUGUAGGGAAACUAAGGGAAUAGUGUAGGAAUGUAGGGUCACUAUCAGAUAAGCUGUGUCUACCCUAAUCUCAAAUGGAUCUGGGGAGGGAACAGUCUGGGAACCCAGAAAGAGAGUGUAAAGGAGAUAACUGAGAAGAUAAGUGAGCAACUCUCAGGGCCCUAGGUGAUCUCAUGAGCUAGAGAAAUAAAUAUUCUGACCUCACACUUCUCUCUUCCUCCAGUCUCUUGCUUGGGUUUCCCAUUGGAAGAACCCAAAAGGAAAGCAGAGAAAAUAGAAGUCUGUGGACAUAAUUCAUAUAGCUUCAGGGCAAAGAUCAGAGGAGACAAGUGGGAGAGUGGAUUUGGCUGGCUAAAGAGAAAACAUCCAGCUAGAGAGAAGAAUUAAAAGUGAAAGUGAAGAGCUAUAAUUCAAGUAGCAAUAUUUCAUACACAUACAACAUAAUUAUGUAUAUUUGUAUAUAUUAUACUUAUAUAUAAGUAUAUAUAUGUGUGUAUGUGUAUAUUAUAUAUAUAGAGAGAGAGAGAGAAUUCUCUUAAUUUCAAUCAGUAAUUAAUGAGGCUGUUCUCAAGUUUAGUGAUCAAGGAGUCAAGGAAUUCAAUCUAAAUAUUAAUAUUUAUUCUACAUAAAUAUUUACCAACAUUUUAGCAACAUAUUUUCUAGGAUAUCCACAGUUUUUUUUACUUAGCAAAAGCAUGGCACAUGAUUAUUGUUUUUAAGGAACUAAACAUUGAAAAGGGAAGCACUAUAAAGCUGUUGUUAUUUUCAAGUUUUCAUAGACAAUUCAGAUGUUCUGGGAACUUUCUAAACAAUAAAUUACAGAUAGGAUUAGAUUGGGGACCAUUCUGAUCACUAAUAAACAGGUAAAAAUUUAACACAGACAAAAGUGGGUUUACACUGCAAUGGAAAUGACCAGGUUUUCACAAGACAGUUCAGGAGAAACCCCCAGGUCAAAGUAGGAGGAGCUGAGGAGGCAGCAGGCAGGGAGGGGGCAGCAGGCAGGGAGGGGGCAAUAGUCAGAUAGGGGCAAAUAGAGGACUUUGAGAAUUCCUCUAUUGCCCUAGGAGUAAAGCACUUGCUUAUAGUAAUGGAAGACUUGUGGAGUACAGCUGGUGGGGGGCAGAGCGAGGGCGGGCAACCAGAGCGAUUGAAUCAUACAUGAAAAGGGGCAGCACCUUAAUUUAGGGCUGCGGAAAUAACCACAAAGGCAAAAAACAAAAACAAAAAAACCAGUCUCAACAACAGAGAGACUUUGCUUAAUAAGGUCAACUCUUCUGGGAAACUCUUUUCCAUCCCAUUGGAACUACAGCUCUCAUUAUACACAGGUCUCCAAAAAUCCACAGCAGAAGGGGCUAGAGAUGGUGUCAGGCUAGAGAGUGGCCAGCAGGGAAGAAGUCCAGUUGCUGCCUGCUAGAAUCCUGGCACCAGGGUACUGGACAACCACCAGUUAAGAAGUUAAAUUCCCCUGCCUUAGAAGGACCUGCAUUCCUCUAGUUUAUGACCUGAUGAGCACACCUCCCCUGGCCCACUAACAAAUGAAACUGUAGAAGGUGUUUCCUUCUUUCUCCUUUAGGAAGACUAUAUUAUAUGGAUAGAGGCCUAAACAGUAGAACAGAACAAAGUUUUAUAUCCCGAUAUUGCAAAAACAAGCUGACCAAAGAUAGCCACCAUAUACGUAAAGAUUCAAAAAUCAAAAAAGGGAUCCUUUUGAAGAAUGAGAACAAAUAUUCAUUUAACAAAUCUCUUAACUAUAUUAAGGACAUUUGACAGCAUUUUUCAUCUUUUGGAAAAAAAAUACUGGGAAAAAUUGCUAUUACAUAAAUCAUUACAAUAAAUAAAUAACCACAACAAAAUAAACAAUUGCUGAAUUAGAAUAAACAACACACUAAUGGCAAUGAAGAGCAGAUUUGGUACUUGAAAGCUAAAGCUAAUACAGGGAUUGGGUGCAUUAGCUCAAGAUAGUCCCCUAGAGAUUUCCCUGGCAGUCCAGUCAGUGGUUAAGGCUCUGCAUUCCCAAUGCAGGGGGCAUGAGUUUGAUCCCUGGUCGAGGAACUAAGAUCCUGUGUGCCACACGGUGCGGUCAAAAAAAAAAGAUAGUCCCCUUGAAUUCAGAGGAAAAGUCAAAGAAAUGAGGAAGAUGAGCAAAAAUGAUAAGUCUAACAGCUUUGCUUUGUCUACGCUAGAAAUAACAUAAGCCUAAUGGAGUAGAGAAGGAGAAACAAUUAGCAAAGAGAGAUUUAAAGCUAAUUUCCCUAAGCUAAAAAGGCAUAUAUCCAUAGCUGUAUAAAGGAUCUAGCAAGUACUGGGAAAAUUAAUAUAGAGAUACACAUAGACACAACCUCAUGACAUUUCUGGAUUUCAGAAAUAUUGGACAAAUUCUAUAAGCAUUCAAGUUGAAGAGGAAAAGCCACAAGGAAAAAAGUCAAUAACAACAGCAUAGAUUUCUCUUCUGCAACACUAAGUGCCAGAAGGUGAAGGAGGAACAUUUCUAUUGAAGACUUUUGAAUUUUGAGGGUGAAAAAAUGACCUAAGAAUUUUACUUUCAGGCAAAUUUUUUUUGGUGAAGACAACAGGAAGACAUUGUUAGGCAGGAAGCAUGCCAUCAAUCUAUGUGUCCUCCAGCUGACCUCGAAACUAUGGAGGUAGGGCCUGGGCAUGAUAUUGUACAUGAGAAAUGGCAGUGAGUACUACAACUUCAAGAUCCUUUCUAAAUGAUCAUCAUUUGUUUGGUUAUGAAACAAUGCAAUGAACAAAAAUAAAUUUUCAAAUAAAAAUCUAUACUGCAAAAAACAAAAAUAUGAAUCGACAACAAAAAAAUACCCUGAGUAUUGUCACUAAAUGUCUGCUGUAGGAGGGUUCAGAGGGAUAAAAGUGUUCCAAAUCUUUUCAAGGGGAGACGAGUAAAUGGAUAUAUAGGUAGGAAAGUUGGUAUUCAAAUAUUUAGUUUAAAAAUUUAAAGGCAACUGCUAGCAGAAUGAAAAUGGAAUUAUUAACUCCACAUUUCUAGAGAGAAAAAGGGAACAGCAACAAACUUGGGAACUAUUGUGAAAUAAAGGGGUUUUGUUUGUUUGUUUUUUUAGGUUAACAGGAAGUAUAUAUGAGAAAAACAAGAUUAAAAAUAUCACAGUGCAUAAAUUUGAAUGGGUUAAAAUUCUAGUAGAGGAUAGUUAUUCUUAUGUGGUGUCAAAGGAGUGAACUACAAGCUGUGUACCAGAUAUGUGCCCCCAAUAAAAUGACAUUUAAAGAUAUUUAGUAAAACUGUAUCAGUCAUAUACAAAUAGACAACAAAAUAAUUGGUGGCAAUAUUAAUAUCGAGGAUGAAAUUGAGAAGAAAAAGAGAGCAAAAGAAGUUACUUUAUUUUGAUAAAUUAUUAUUCACAAUAUAAAUGAAUAAUUAAUCUCUACAUUGGGUAUGAAAGUAGGCUUAAAACAAAAAGUCAGUUGGGGAACAAUUCUCCAUAGGUUUUUAACAUUUCUGCAUGUCUUUUGAGCAGAGGUACUUAGUUCUCCUUUUUUCAAGGAUGUUUGUAAAGCAAGCAGUCUUGGAAGAUAGAGAUAGUGUUUACUGUUCCCUGUAAAAGAUUCAGAGUCUCUAAGCCCAGCAUUCCCAGUCUAUAAAGCAGCUCACUGUGUGCAUGUGUCAUCUGGACUUUGUGUCACCCUGAGGGAUUUAGGGCAAAAUGCUGAUAUUCUGGCUGCUGCUGUUUCU